GACGCGGGAGUUGAACAGAACAGCCCAUUGUUGUAGAUUUUAACGUCGUCGGUAAAUGCACACAACGUGCAAGUGGAUUUAAGAUAUUUUCAGUUUAAUCAUGAAUUACGUUGGGGAAAGAUGUUCGGAUUUACCAACAUGAUUUUGUUUUGUGUUUUUAUAUUUUUAGUCGUUCACAAUUCACAGUCUCUUGCAUUUUCCUGCUGUGAUACAGUGAAAGAGGAGGGAUGCAAACGCGCAUGCAAGCAGAUGGUAAUAACAGGCAAUCAGAUUGAACAGAUAGAGCAGAUUAUUAAGACAUCUAAACAGUGUAGAUCAGAUCAGAUUGAGUUUUGGCGUUGUGUGAAUACAUCAAUUCCAGUUGCCCAUAGUAUUUCCCAGUGGAAUGGCAGAGCUUGUUGUGAUCUUGCUGUCAAAAGACAAUGUAAAGAAGCAUGCCAACAGUCAACAUCGAUAGAAGAAGUGGAAGAAAAAUGUAGUAAAAGUACAGAGCAUAGAUUAUUUAGCUGUCUGGACAAAGAGGAGGAUGGUGCUAGAUGUUGUAGAUCGUCCAGCGAUUACAGUUGUCAGCUGGUCUGUCAGGGAAUGUUCGCCAUGGAGAGUAUGACACGACAGGAACAAAGACAAACAUUACGUGGACAGUGUCAUAGUACUAGCAGGACUAUCAUGCAGUGUUUACAAAAUAAAGUCAAAUCACCCAGAGAUAGUAAUCCUAUAGAUAGUUUACCAUGUUGUUCAGUGGCUUCUAAUGAAGAAUGUAGAAAAACGUGUGUAAAAACUCUAAUGACAAUGAAGAAUAACGAACAGAUUGUAGCAGAACUUAUCAAAACAUGUGGACCAGCUUUACCAUAUGUGCCUAUUUGGGGAUGUUUUCUAUCUAACAACAGUCCUGACCCACCAGUAGAACCUAAGAUAAUGGAUGGGUCCAGACUACAUUGUUGUUCUAAGGCAGCUACAGAGAGAUGUAUGAACCUAUGCUCUAAGACUUUUAACACAGAGUGGUACAGUACCUGGAGAGAUUUUAACUCUAGAUGUCAAGACUUGUCUUUACCAGUGUCUAUGACAGAAGCAGCCAUGUUAAACUGUUUAGAUGAAGUGGAAGAACCAUGUAAGCUUGGUUGUAGUGGCCUUAAGUUUUGUAAAAGUUUCAACUUUCGUCCAACCCAACCUUUCAGAAGUUGUAAUGCUCAGGCUGACUCUGCUGCUGAGAAAGAAAUCAUAGAAUGGGAGAAAGGCAAUUUAAGACUGCCACAAAUGAUCAUUCCAGUUAAAGAUAUACGAGAAUGUGAGCCAGAGAUAUGGAAAGCUAUAGCCUGUGCCCUCCAUACUAAACCAUGUCACAAAAAGCCUUCUCAUCUUCCUCUAUGCAGAAAUGAAUGUAUGUAUAUAUUGAAUAAAUGUGUAGACCAUAGCAGAUUACAGAAAGGCCAGACUGUCCAACAUCUGUGUAACAAACUAUCAGCUGACGAGACACCAGGAUCGUGUAUAUCACUCAUGCCAUAUAUAACAGAUCCUGCUCCAAAGAUAAAUUUACAAGAAGUAACAACUCCCUGUAACCCUAACCCUUGUCCUGAAGAAGAGACUUGCUGGGUGAACAGAAGGAAAUGUAGACAUCCAGAAAGUUGUUCACCUUUUGUCUGUCAUAAAGCUUGUAGAAUGGGAGAUAUAUCCAGUGUACUGGUACCUCGUCAUUCCUAUGUUAGGAUACCAUUAUAUGCUGAGGGACAGGCUAAUGUUAGAUGUUUUGAACAUCAGGUUUGUGUUUGUGGUCAGCAGAACUUCCUACAUAGGUGUAAAACUAUACCAUGCUUCAGAAGAGAGAGUUGUGUCCUUGGUCAGACUUCUGUUAUAAAAGAGCAUGGUUCCCAAUUUAAGCUGGAUUGUAACCAUUGUAUUUGUAAUGAAGGGGAGGUAAUAUGUACCAAGCAUAAAUGUCCAUCAUCAGAAACCAAUGUUCGGUGGAGAGAUCUGCCUUGUGAAUGUUCCAGAGAUUAUCAGCCUAGAUGUGGACAUAAUGGCAAGACCUAUCCUAAUCCUUGUCUGGCUGAAAGGUGUGGCAGAUUGAAAAAAAAUGAGUUAAGAGAAGGGUCUUGUUAUUCCUUUGAUGAUUGUCAAGAUAAUCCUUGUGGAGACAGUUACAGGUGCUUACCCAAGAGACAAGUUUGUCUGAGUAUUAAUUAUGAAAACUGUCCUCAAUAUGAAUGUGUUCCCUUACAUGAGAAGUGUGACCACCAUUUCCAUGACCCAGUAUGUGAUAUUACAGGACAAGAAUACUCCAACCCCUGUCUACUGUUACACCAUAAACGAACCCUUGAUUACAGGGGACAUUGUCAGAGUGACUGUUCUACUUCAGAACCAGUAUGUGGACACAAUGGAGAAACUUACCCACAUGAAUGUGCUGCAUUAGCUGCCAGAACUACUGUUGAUUAUUAUGGUGAAUGUAGAGUCAUUGGGCAAUAUAUGGGUAAUGUUUCCAAAACAGCAGAUUGUUCAAAUGUCAGGUGUGUACUGGUAAAACCAGCUAAUUGUCGUCCAAUAAUCCCACCAGGGGGCUGUUGUCCUGUAUGUGCUGCUGAGUUACGCAUGUUGUAUAGUGUUAAUAUGGUUGAUGUGAUGACAACAUCAAGGCCUUCUGGUCCAAUCACUGUCAGCAGCAUUUUAGAUGUCCUCUCACAGCAGUUAAUGGUGAGGGAAUGUGAUGUCUUUGGCUACCUCAAUGUAGAAACAGACCUAGUGGUCUUAGUUAAACCUGUUACUGCCUCACCUACUCUAUUACAGCUUGAAGCUUGCAUUAAAGAGACAGAAAGAAUAGAAUACCUCAUUCAAAAUGACAGUCCAUUGUUAAAAUCACAUGUAACAAUGACACCGUUGCUUUUAGCAACACUACGAACUCCUGGAACAGCCCUUUCUAGGGCCGGUGCUCUGUCAGGAGGAGCUGGUGCUCCAUAUCAAUCUGUUUUACUAACAGCAUUACUUGUGAUAGCAUUAGUCAGACUGACGUUUUCGUGAUAACUACUUAUUAUAAGCAUUAGAAUUAUAAAGAAUCUCAUAUGAGGCUUGUGGUAGCCAUACUGAAGUUACAAAACAUAUAAAUAGUUGUGACUUGUUUCAGAAGAUAUAAGAGCUUGGUUUAAAAUACCAUGUUUGAAGUACUGUAUGGCUAGAUUGUUAAUUUGAGUACUAUUAGCCAUUUCAGAUUUUGAACUUAAAUAAAAGUUAACUAAUCAGCAUUGCAUUAUACCAACUAAGAACCUGCCACCUUGUGGCUUAAAAGUUAACUGGUCAGCACUGCAUUAUACCAACUAAGAACCUGCCACCUUGUGGCUUAAAAGUUAACUGGUCAGCAUUGCUUUCUACCAACUAAAGAACCUGCCACCUUGUGGUUAGGUGGUUUGGAUUCAGUUUCAAGUUACUGUGUUUAUUACUGCUUAAUGGCUGAUUUUUAGUUAUUUUAUGUUCGUUAUUGAUUCGUUAAAGCUGGUAUUUCUAUUUAAGAUUUUUUCACAUCUUGUUACAUAAAGUUUUCUGGUUUUUUGUUUUGCUCUUAUUUUGUCAAAUAUUGUUAUUAUUAAACAUAUACUUAAAGUCUGGUGCUACAAUAAUAACAGUUACAAUUCUAUAAACUUUGUCUAAUAUGUAAUAUACAAUAUAAAUAUAUAAUGUAAUGAUGCAAGUUAGUCUGUUGAAAUUAAAUGAGAGCAAUAAACAAUCGAUAUAAAUAUGAAGAUGAUGAAAGUACCUUCACAGCUUGAUACUAACAAGCAUUCAAAGAAUAUUUUUAUUGAAAGUAAUAGAUUUCAGCGAAAUUAAUAAAAUGAAAUUUAAGUUGUUCUGAGAGGGGAAAACAUUCUGGUUCAAAUACUGACACUAAAAUAAGAUAUGAACAUUUGGUUUAUUUGAGAAAACUUGCAUACACUGUAAACUAUAUUUCUCUAUCAUUUACUUCAUGUAUCAUACAUUGAUAUUUUCAUCAUAAACUUUUGUCAUUGGCAUCUUCUCUAUAUCCUUUAAUUAGAUAUAUUGGAACUUAUAACACUAUUAGAUCUGAUAUUAUGUUUCAUAUUAGUCCAACAAAAUUAAAUAGAAUCUGAAUCUUUUGUAUUAAAUUAAAGUUUUGAAUCUUAUUACAAAUGGAACAAGUUUACUUCACAAGUUUUCCUCCAUAUAGAGAUCUCUUGUGUUCUUUGGGAUUUUUUGCAUUGGAUUGUUAAUGGUAUUAAUUUGAAAUUGCUUUUUAUCUUAGCUAAAAUUUACCACAGAGGGAAGCAAUUUAAUAAAUCCUAGGAAAAGUCAAACAGAUCAAUGACAAAAAUGUAGGUUGAAUAUAACUAGCAACAUAACUCUAUAAUCUUGUUAAAACUUAAAAGUUAAUUUCAACCCUAGAUAUAUUGUUUUCAUUUCUGUAAAUGCUCAGCGAGAAUUUUGUCUAAUUUCCUCCCCUUAAACAUAUCAAUGUUUCACUUGCUACACUUUUCAUUUGCUGUAAGAAAACAAUAUGAUAGAAAACUGCCUUAUAUCCUUUCCCACCAGAAUCAAUUUAGGUUCUACCAUUUAAUACCUUUAGCAUGUCAAUUUUGUGUAUCUUGUUAUGUUUAUUUAUUAUGUUUUAUUGUCAUUUAUCUGAAAUAAACAGCAUUUUAAAAGAUGAUUACCAAAUAUUUAUAUGUAAAUAUAUUUAAUAUGAUUUAUGCAUUAUAAAUGCAAAUAAAGUAUAUUUGUGUUUAUAUAAUGAAUUGUAAAAUGGCAUUUUUAUGUACGUGUAUAUGUCCUACUUAUUAGUUAAUGACUUGUAAUAUCAACACAGAAACAUUGUUCAGAUACAUUUCAACAUCUCAAUCGUCAAGCUAACAUUUUUUGUCUCGUACAAUUUCUUUUGGCAAAUAUUGGUUAACUUAUUGUAAAAGCUGUAUUCGUACUGUUCUAUGACUAUUAAACCUUCAAAGGCUUAUUUCAUCUUACCAUCCAAAUUUCUGAUUUGAAAACAUAGAAUUAAGACAUGAUCAUUCCAUUUAUGUGAUGAGAAAACUUUCAGAAGUAUCAACAUUGAACAAAAGGUUGCAAAAAUUUGAGUAAACACGAUUUUGCAGCUUACAAAUGUACAAAGUUUUAUGUUUUUUUUCCAAGAAUAAUUGUGAAGUCUAUGUGUGUGCAUGAUUGUACAUUUGUAGAAACUGUAUGUGCCAUAGUGUUAACUGUUAUUGCUGUGAUAUUUAAAUGUUUAUAAUUUUAUUCUACUUACUGUAGAAAGUGCUAAAACAUUCAGCGUGAAUAUUUUUAUUAGUGCUGGAAAAAUUCUACAAAUUUUAUAAUUGAUUUCAAGUUUAUUUUUAAUAACACUUAUU